AUCGCCAGCUCUCACUUUUUCACGCACGCACGGCAACUGAGUCACCAUCGCCACCGGAGGAGGAGAGAAUCAGGCGAUUGUUGCAGUUCCCAGGGGGAGAUGCUGUGCUGUGAGUCUGUGACGAGAGCGGGCAUUACAUAGCUAACCAGCCAGCUACGGAGAACCGAGUGAAGCUACGAGAACCAAUUCCAAGUGGGUGAAAUAGUGUGGACUGUGUGGGAUAGAUAUCCUUUAGGUGUGACCUAGCAGAGGAUGAUCUCCAGUGUCGUCGAAGUGAUGAACCCGGGUUGGUGAUUCACGUGGGUUUUUGACGCUUCGAGAAUCGGUGGAUGAUUCGAUUGCGAGUGGACUGAGUUGGGGUGUUUUGUGUGGCGGAGCCUGUAUGUCGCUGAAGGAGAGGUUGUCACGAGCUUGGGAUUGGUGAAGUGGUGGCGAGGGUUUGAGUUGUUGUGUGGAGAGUUUUGGGCGGGGAUUUUAGGUUGUGGGACGGUAUUGGUGGGAGGGUGGUGAUUGUGAUGGUGAGCGGGGAGUUGAAGAUGGGGCACGCGGACAAGCGCAGCCGGGUGCGCGUUGGAGAAUCAGAUGCGCGACCAUCGACUUGUGAAGCAGUGGUUCAGAAUCAUCACCCUGUGAGCAGCGCGUUCAGUAGUAUGGCGUCCACGCCCGUUGUCAUGGUGGAUGACGAAGACGACGACGUUGUUGUGUCAUCUCCGGCCGCUUUUGCUCAUGUGCGUGACGAGGCUAAAUUGAAAGCAAGUGUUAGAGUAACGCGAUCAAGGGUGCCAGUGGAAGAGGAUCCUUUGGAAUUGCGUCUUGGCCUUGGAGGGACGUUACAAUAUAGCACCCAAAGUGUGUGGCAGUCCAGUCCUACUCAGCAGCAGCCUCGUCCUGGUCGCCGUGGGCGACUAGUCAGGCAAACUAUAGAUCUCACAACUACGCCUUCUCCCGAGAGACAAGCUGCGGUAAAUGAGGACUGUGUGCUUCUGUCUGAGCUUUGUAAGAGUAGAAAACGAAAACUUACUCAGCUGGAAUCAUCCCAGGAGGUCCCUCCAAUCUCGUCAGCUCUGGAGAAAGAAGAGGAGCAUAAACUCAAGUGCCCUAUCUGUAUGGAUACCAUGAAGGAAGAAACAUCCACCAUGUGUGGUCAUAUUUUUUGUCGAGUUUGUAUACAAGGUGCGAUCAAGUCACAGAAGAAAUGUCCUACGUGUCGGAAGAGACUGAAGAUGAAAAACAUACAUCGGAUAUAUAUUUAGACUACACGUGGUACAGUACUCACCACACUUCACCAGAACGAACAGCUAUUGCCACGGUUACCGUUGCACAUUCUUUCAGGCAAGGUAUGAUUAGUGAUCAAAACAAAACCAAGUCUUAGAAAGGUCCAAAUUAUUAGUUGCAAUCGCAGAGAAUGUCGACGCUCUCAUUAAACGUUUCUUUCAUAGAGAUGCGCUGCGAUGAGUUCGCCUGCAUCAACCUCACUACAGCUGCCAUUGAGAAUGUCCAAGAAUGGAAUCACCCGUUACACAUUGAACAUUUGCCAUGCAUGCAAAAUCCACGUUUUCCUGAUUGUUUCUUUUGUUAUCCUAAUUUGUUCCCUUCUUCAAGCGGGGCAACCUUGGAAGAGUGAAAUUCUUUUAUAAAAAGAAUUGUUAUUUUCA